AUGAUAAAUGAUAUGAGGCGAUCGGCAAUAAUUAAAAAAACGAUCGCUCUAAAAUUAGAUACUUUGAUUGAAGAAAGAGAAGAAGUUAGAGUGUUUAUCAGAAAACUUUUAGGUCUUGCCUUGUUGCCAGCGACCGAUAUCAACAAAGCUUUUGAAUGGCUCAUUAAUAAUCACAAAGAGAUUUUUAAGGAGUUAAAAGAAUUAAUAAGAUACUGGCUUAAAACCGUAAAACCUGAAAGAUUUAGCUGUUACCGAAAGGUAAAUAGGACCAACAACAACAUUGAAUCCUACCACAGAGUACUGCGAUUAAAGCUUGGAUUCGCAUCCGUCAAUCUGGGAAUUCACAGAAACUAUGAUAGUGACGAAGUUCUUAAAGAACGUAUUGCAACACUCCAGGAGUUGGCAAAAAUCGAAAAGACUUCAUUAGAGCUGAAUUUGGAAAUAAGAAGUCCCGAGAGUAAUAAAAUUACUCAAAAAAAUGAAAUGAUAGAAUAUUUAUGGGAUUUAUUUGACAAUGGAACAUUAGAUAUUAAUAACUUUUUACAAUAUAUUCACAAUGAUGAUAAAAUACAACAGACGAGACCAUCUUUUUCUCGCUUUGCUCUCACGGAGUUCAACGGAACUAUCUCUGUCGCACUCCCAACAGUAGAGCAAUUGCAGUUUCGAUUGGUUUGA